AUGAAUACCUCGGACCUUGACCUUUCAAACGCUCCCAAAAAGGACAAAGCGCUACCUGUCGACGAUGACGGAUCUGUUGAGUCUGAUGAAGAAAAGCCCACCAAGCGUUCUGGUCGUCGUAAAAUCAAGAUCGAGUAUAUCCAAGACAAGAAUCGCCGCCACAUUACCUUCUCCAAGCGUAAGGCUGGCAUCAUGAAGAAGGCGUACGAGCUCAGCACACUCACGGGUACCCAAGUGCUUCUCCUCGUUGUUUCAGAGACUGGUCUCGUUUAUACUUUCACCACUGUCAAGUUGCAGCCUAUUGUUACCAAGCCUGAAGGAAAGAACUUGAUCCAAGCAUGCUUGAACGCUCCUGACCCAGAACCAGCAUCUUCACCUGCACCUGAGUCUUCUUACAACACGAACGGAAAUGGUGCAUCAUCCUCCCCUUCAGUGGACAAGAACAAAAUGUCGCCUUAUGAAGAAAAGAAGCCUGAAGGCUAUCCUCCUCAACAAGCAGCACCACCUCAACCUCCCACUGCGCCUCAACAAGCACCUCCCACCACUGGCUAUCAACCCUAUGUAGGCGGUAAUUGGAAUGGUCAUCAUCCAGGCUAUGUCGCUGCUGCCGCUGCUGCUGCCGCUGGUGUACCUUAUCAACAACAAGGUGGUGGUGCUCCUCCACAAGCUGGUGCUCCUCCUCACACUUCGCCUCAUCAUUAUCCUGGAUUGCCAUCGUACUAUAACAACCAACCCCAACAACAAUACAUGCCACAGCAUCAACAUGCAGGUUAUUGGGCAGGUUCGCGUGGUCCAUCACAUCCAUCUAUGCAACGUCCUGAUACAACACCCGAUGCUAAAGAUGACAAACAACCUGGUGACAAGCAAUAA